AUGCGCCAAAAUAUUGCCAUUGGCGUGUUGGCGACAUGCCUCACCUUAGCCUCUGCAACACUGCGAACCAGCCAGAAUGAAAGCACGAUCACUGUGGCAAAUGACCGCCUGACCGCGGUCUUUGCAACCAACAAAGGCAGAAUUGUCGACCUCUCCCUCGAUAACCAGGACCUGCUCGGUCCUCAAUCAGGGGAUACAGGGACCGGUCCCUACCUGGAUUGCUAUUGCAUCCCUUCGGGCUUCUACACACCUGGAUCCACAAGCCCCACCAUGGAGGUCGUGGAGGGGACAGAUGCUACCGGUACCAAAUAUGCCGGUGUGAUCAUGAACGAGACAUACCCUCCGACAGGUCAGCAAUUUCAGCAAUACUGGUUUCUACGCGAUGGUGAGACGGGUCUGCACACUUUCAGUCGGCUCGCCUACUACAACGAAACUACGCCGUUCUUGCGCAACUUGCAAGAGUUUCGGACUCUUUUCCGGCCUAACACGGAUUUGUGGACGCACCUGACGUCGAGCGAGGUUCAGACUGCUCCCCUCCCCAGUAAAGAAGCCAUCAGCAAAGAAAUCGUCGUUCAGGAUGCAACUUGGACAUUCAGCAACACCCCCGACGAUGCUAUACUUUCUCAAAUGGUCAGUGCUGUUAUUCCUUCAUCUUCCACGUCGCACAUGGCUGAUAACUCCGAAGAUUGGCGCGAUAACUCGGUCCACGGUAUGUAUGCGGAUGGGACCACGUCUGAUGGCACGACGUACGGAGCGUGGCUGGUGAUGAACACAAAGGAUACAUACUACGGUGGACCCUUGCAUUCCGACCUCACCGUUGAUGGUAUCGUUUACAACUACCUGGUGUCGAAUCACCACGGAGAAGGAACCCCCAACAUCACCUACGGUUUUGACCGCACUUUCGGUCCUCAGUACUACCACUUCAAUGGCGGAAAGGGAUCCAGAUCAACCUUGGAAGAGCUGAGGUCUGAUGCUGAAACAUAUGCGAACCCUAGCUGGAACGUGAAGUUCUAUGAUUCGAUCGCCAAACACGUGGUAGGGUAUGCACCUUCAAGUGUUAGAGGUACAGUUCAGGGACACAUCAAGCUUCCCAAAGUAGCAACCCGGCCGAUCGCUGUACUCACGGUAGAUGGACAAUACUUCCAGGACAACUCAGUUGACCCGUCAUCUUACCAAUACUGGGCCGAGGUUGACAAGAACGGGAAAUUCAACAUUGACCACGUCAAAGAGGGCAAGUACCGGCUCACUGUGUAUGCGGACGGUGUCUUCGGUGAUUACGAACGCGAUGGCGUGCGAGUACAGGCUGGCAAGACUACGAAAGUUCAGGAGACAUGGGUUGAGGAAUCCGCAGGCACCGAGGUCUGGCGGUUAGGCACUCCCGACAAGUCAUCGGGAGAAUUCCGCCGCGGCGUUGCUCCAGACGAAACCCAUCCACUGCACCCUCCGCAGUAUCUGAUCUAUUGGGCCGCCUAUGACUGGCAGGAAGACUUCCCCAACGGAGUCAAUUACACGAUUGGAAGCAGCGAUCCUGCCACAGAUUUCAACACGGUGCAGUGGUCCGUGUUUGGUCCGACCCCGAACAAUCCCGGUGUCGAGUACGACACCACUCACAAUUGGACCAUCAACUUCAAUUUGAAUAAGAAGCAGCUGCAGAAGCGCAAGAAGGCGACGUUGACCAUCCAGCUUGCGGGCGCGAAGACCGCGUCCGGUAACACCGAUGUGUGGAACCCAGCCGAGGAAUACAACAAUCUCUCGUUGGAGAGUUAUAUCAACGGCCAGGAGGAGCCCUUGAGCAUGGUGAUCGGGUUCAAUCAGUCCAGUAGCUGCAUUGUCCGGUCUGCCGUCAGUUGCUACCAGGUUCGCUCACGGAUGGAGUUCCCAGCUGACUGGCUGGUGGUCGGAAAUAAUGUCUUGACGUUGCAUUUGCCGUACAAUGCCACGGACACGGAGACGGCGAUUUUGCCUGGGACGGUCUAUGUGCAGUAUGAUGCCUUGAGAUUGGAGGUGUCAUAAGAAUGAAGACAUGAUCGGUAGCACGCAGAAUUAAUGGGAUGUACUUGUACUUGCCCCACAUUAGGAACCAGAAAUCAAGAAUGUGCUCAAAUUUGGACUUUUGUUGCAGCCUGAGGCAUUAAUAUCUUUUGCCUCGAUAAGUUAUCCAUAUCCCGUUGCACAAGCAAUAAAUUGAGGACGACAUGCUCGAGUAAGACGAGCAAAACCAUGAACAAACUUUCAGAUACGC